UAAAUUAUUUCAUUAAAUAAUAAUUAUAAUAAAAAUAUCUUGUUUGCAAUAAUGAUACUCAAUUCUUGUAAUUAAUAUACCACAAAUAAUAUGUAUAUCUUACAGAAACAAAUAUUACAUUUAAGCACAUUGCAUUUAUAAAUAUUAUAUUUAAAAAUAUACAGUAAUAAACAAUAAUUUAAUAUGGAGCAGCUAAAUGAUGCCACUGCAGACAAUUUAUACCCAGCUCUAUUUCAAUGUUUCACUAUAAUUCUGUGCGGAUAUUUAGCAGGUCGUUUCAAUGUGGUUUCAUCUAUUGAAUCUAAGGGUAUUGCCACAUUUGUGGGCACAUUUGCAUUGCCUUCACUUAUUUUUCUAUCCUUGGCACGCUUGGACUUUACCACUGUAAACUGGACUUUUUUAUUGGCAAUACUAGUUGCCAAAGGAUUAAUCUUCUUUGCUGUUAUCACUGUGACACUACUGGUGUCAAAACCUGUACAUCUGGGACGAGCUGGAAUUUUUGCAAUCUUUUGCACACAAAGCAAUGAUUUUGCAUUGGGAUACCCAAUAAUUAAUGCAAUCUAUGAGAAAUCUCAUCCAGAAUAUGCAUUGUACCUGUACUUAAUGGCUCCAAUAUCACUUGCAAUUCUCAACCCAGUUGCUUUUGUUUUAAUGGAAAUCAACAAACAGAGAGAGAAUGCUCAGGCCCUUGUCAUCGAGAAUGAAUCUAAGAGUGAUGUCUGCAAACUGAAAUUAUUAAAACAAAUUAUCAAAGGGAUUGCUUUUAAUCCAGUAUUAGUCAUGACUGUGUUGGGUAUUAUUGGAAAUAUUAUAUUCAAACAUAAAUUGUCUAUAUACAUUGAGGGCCUAUUGGAGGUAUUUGGACAGGCAUUCUCGGCAUCUGCUCUCUUCUUAUUGGGUUUACGUAUGGUAGGACAAAUUCAUCGCCUAAGAGGACCAGCAUUAGUGUUGCCUUGUGUCUUGAUUGCAGUUAAGUUAAUAAUACUACCCGUCAUGAUGAGAGAAAGUGUUAGUAUAUUUGGAGCAGGUGCAAAUGAAUCUGAAACUUUAUCACUGGCCACCUAUGCUUUCUUAUAUGGUACUAUACCUACUGCUCCUGCAGUUUUUGUCUUCUCCAAUCUAUAUCAACUAGAAAUGGAUUUGAUGGCGUCCUCUAUGGUGAUAUGUACUUUCUUGUCGGCUCCAAUGAUGUUCAUGUCUGCCCAAGUGAUUUCAAUAAAUAAGGACUAUGCAGAUCAACUCAAGAAAUUUGGAUUUGAUUUAUCAAUAGUAGCAUUAGUUGCUGCUAUUUGGAUUUUGUUUGUAUUUACAGUUACUAAGAAAUACAAACGGAUGCCGCAUAGAUUGACUUUAUGUUUGAUCACAUCCCAGUUAUUAUUAGCAAUCAGUGUAAUUUGGGGUGGUCCACUUCCCAACAUGAAGUCAACAUGGUAUUCUACAUUACAAGAAUCACUACGAAUAUUUAGCAUGUAUUCAUGUUUAUUAUGGACGUCAAUGCUUUCCAUCGGACUUCUGAUGUUAGAGAGUCGGGGACCAUGCUUCGUAGUCACGCUGUGGCCAGUGUUGGGCUUCGUAGCGUGGGGGGCGCCUGGUGUAAUGCUGGCCGCACUACUCUUAACCAAAGGCAGUCUGGACUCCAAGGCCACCGAUGCCAUACGAUUAUGUCUCCUUGUUUUCUGUCUCACAGUCACCAUUGGCUGUUUGAUGGUGUACAUAAGAUUCCGUCGACGCAGUGCUCGUUUUGCGUCCCUUUCUGCUGAGGUAUCAGGUUCAAGUCCACCGGACGAGUCUACUAGCCUCGUUGAGAAUAUUGAACCUACAUCACACACGCAAUCCCUUUCUGUAAACGGUUGUUAUGGCACCAUAACGGCUACGCCAUCGCCCAGCAAAAAUACAAACGACUGUUGUUCCAAUGAUCCUAAUUGCGAAAACGCUACAACAAAUUCCCAUGACAUUGAAGACAUUGCUAAUGAUCUGAAGGAUUGCGCGUGUCCGUUGUCCCAACGGCACCGGUGUGGUUUGGCGGCGAAUGCGAGCGAGCCGUGCUCGUAUAUGGGUGAGCUUGAACGUGCCGCCAGUCGUCUGGGGCUGCUUCCUCCAGAACAGGCGAGAGGCCGUGGCGGGCAGUUACUCAAGCAUACUGUUCUUAUCAUCGUGUACAGUCUCAGCAUGUUUAUAGGAAUUACCUAUACGACCUGGAGGAUGAUGCUAAAAGAUGAAAGUGGUGUAUUUGUGGAAAUUGAGUUUUUGGAUAUAGCUACCAACUAUGGACAAGUACUUAUCGUAUUUAUACUAUUUGGUCUUGAUCCCGAUGAAAUAUUAAUACCCACUGUUCAUUAUUUCAGGAAGAAAUGGCAUGGUGCAGACACAGUGGUACUGCCAGCUGUAGAAGAUCUGAGUUUUGAAACUAAACAUGUAUGCGACCAAUUUAUAACGCAUCACUUAGACAGAUGCAAGGAAGCUAUAGCAAAAGAUACCAGGUGGCGCAUGCGUACGUACCGUGGCGCGUUUCGCGGUGUGUGCUUAGUGCGCUGGCUGCAGCGAUGUGGGCUCGCACACGACGACCGUGAUGCCGUAUUGUACGGCCGACAUUUGCUCGACGGUCGCCUCAUCGCGCAUGUGAACAACGCGCACCAUUUCACCAACUCCGACCUCUUGUACACCUUCAAGUAAAUGCACCACCAAAUCACUACCAUCUAAACUUGUUAGACCAACCCUCCGUCGUUUUUCUCCCAUACCUACUCUUCCAAUUUUUGUGUAGUAAUCAUCUAUACAGGUAUUAUUUGAUAUCGUAACGGAAAACCGUACGCCCACCACGUAUUCCUAUACAUCUAUGGGCCACCAAUUGUAGGACUAUUUCAUAAUAUGCUUAAAUAUUAUGAGGUCAUUUCAGUAAAAAUAAUGCAUAACCAGUAACCGCGUAGUUUUGACUAAAGUGAAUAAUAAUAAUCUGAAUUUGAUAAAAGAGAAAUGAUAUAGAUUUAUAAGAAAGCGCGAUCAUUUUAUGAAAUAGACGACGAUGUAAUAAAUUGAUUAAAUUUAUAUUUUAAUCAGGACAAACUUGCAACAUUUUAAUAAACUAUUGUUACCUUCUACAACUACUUUCUUCAGACGUCAAGUAAUAACUAAACUGAUAUAGAAUAUCCUAGCAUUUGAUUAAAAUACAUGUCAAUGUACUAUGACAUGUAAAUUUUUAGUAAUAUUUUGAAUAAAUUCCCCUUUAAAUUACUGCGCGACUGUAAGAACUUUUUAUCAUUAAAAGUGAAUGUGUACACUACGCUGUUGUAACAUAAUCACCAUAGGUGCCUAUGUGAAUCAGUACUUUGCUUGAAAUCUAAAUAUUAAAGCAAUACAGUUAAUAUUAGAUAUGCAUUAGGGAUUGCGUCUUAUAGGUACCUACAUAGCUACAUACCUUCUGAAUGCAAUUAUGUGUGCGUUGUUUAUAAAUUAUAAUUAAAUAUCUUUGAAACACAACUUACAUAGAAAUAAAUAACAAUUAAUUAGGGUAGCAAAGAGCACACUAAUAGCAGCAUACUCCAAAGUAUAUUAUUACUUUAAUAAAAAUAUAUUGUACGAUAAAGUACUACAGGAAGUAGGGAAAAUACGAAACAAAGUAUUCUACCAAAUUAAAAUUUGUGGAUAGUAGUUCAGAUAACAUUGUAACUGAAUGGAGGACGAUGAGAAUUGAAGAUUAAAAACUAUAUGAGGCUCGAUGAUUAAACAAAAUGACAAAAUAAGGAAAUUUUUCACUGGAUAGUGUAAUUGCAUAACUUUUUAUUAACAUACCCUGCAUAAUGGGGAUAUGCUUACAUAGUGAUAAAUUAUAAUAUCUAUCAAUAUGCCUAUGAAUGAUCUCAGUAAUAUAUUAUUAUCAUAUCAAUAUUAAGGAAAAUGGCUGUCAUUCAAUAUUUACCAAUGUUGCAGCAUAUUUUUGCUAUUAGGUAAUAAGAUCUACAUAUAUUAUUAUUUAUAUUAUAGUAUAUAGGAGUUAUUGUGUUUUAGUUCCAGGUGCUAGUAAGUCGAAUUGAACAAAUUAUAUUAUUGUGAUUAAUGUCUAUUUCUUUGUACAGUUAUUGUAACUCUAGUUAAUUCAGUAGUGAGAUCAUAAAUUUAUUGUUUUAAUUUAUUAUUAUCAAUAUCAAACUUGGUCAGGUUUAUAAAUAUAUGAAAUAAAAUGAUAAAGCCUUUAUUAUUAACAUGAAUAAUUAUAUCAGUAUAGAAAAUGAUACAUAUAUGUAAUGUAUAUGACAAAGGCCAAAAUGUAUGUGUAUAUGGUAUACAAAAUUAUAUUAUCUAUAAUGACUGUAUUUUGUGAUCGAGCAUAAAAAAAUGUUAAAAAAAAUAUUAAACUAUAUUGUUGCAAUGAUAAUUGUUGUUUUUAUGAGUUUGAACUCUAAUUGGUUUAUUAUUUUUAGCAUG